CUGUGCGCCCCGGAAGCGGAAGCUAGGACCUGUUUCCGGGCGGCUGAUUCGAGGAUUUUUUGUCACAAGCGGGGCGUCUAAAGAUCUGUAGCUGGGCAGGCCAUGCCUUCUGAGGGUCGCUGCUGGGAAACUCUGCAGGCUCUGCGCAGUUCCGACAAAGGUCGCCUCUGCUACGACCGCGACUGGCUGCUGCGGGGUGAGGAUGUUUUACAAGAAUGUAUGUCUCUUCCUAAGCUGUCUUCGUACUCUGGAUGGGUAGUAGAUCAUGUCCUGCCCCACAUACAAAAGAACGCACCUCCCUCUGAGACGUCAGCAUCCUCUGUGUCUACUUCAGCCCUCGACCAACCUUCAUCUGUUCCCAGAUCUCCUCUCAGAAACCCUGCCUACUCACCGGUCUCCUCAGCAACAUCAGAUGGAACCAGGGAUAAACGUGAGUCUCCACAUACAGAGCCUAUGGUACUUCAGUCCCCCCGGGGGAUGAAAGUGGAAGGCUGCAUCCGAAUGUAUGAGCUGGUGCACAGAAUGAAAGGAGCAGAGGGCUUGAGGCAGUGGCAGGAGGAGCAGGAGAAGAAGGUGCGGGCCCUUUCUGAGAUGGCAUCUGAACAGCUGAAGCGGUUUGAUGAACGAAAGGAACUGAAGCAUCAUAAAGAAUUCCAGGACUUACGGGAAGUAAUGGAGAAGAGCUCCAGAGAAGCCCUGGGGCAGCAAGAGAAGCUGAAAGCCGAGCAUCGUCACAGAGCGAAGAUUCUCAACCUGAAGCUGCGGGAAGCGGAGCAGCAGCGCCUGAAGCAAGAGGAGCAGGAGCGGCUCCGGAAGGAAGAAGGCCAGGCCCGCCUGCGCGGCCUCUAUGCCCUGCAGGAGGAGGUGCUGCACCUCAGCCAGCAGCUGGACGCCUCGGACCAGCACAGGGACCUGCUUCAGGUCGACCUGUCUGCCUUCCGGACCCGAGGCAACCAGCUGUGCAGUCUUGUCUCAGGGAUCAUCCGGGCCACUUCUGAGAACGGCUUUCCCACAGUAGAGGACCAAGCUGCGGCUGAGGGAGCGCUACAGGAAAUGCGCGACCUCCUCUCGAACUUGCAUCAGGAGAUCCGUAGGGCCUGUGAGGAGAAGAGGAGGCGGGAUGAAGAGGAGGCCCGGAUAAAGCAGCAAGAGUCACAGAUGCAGCAGAGGCCGGAGGCCCACAAAGAGUUGCCCGUUCCCAACCAGGGCCCAGGGGCGAAGCUGAACGAAGAUCUCCAGGUGAAGGUGCAAGACAGUACAAUGCAGUGGUACCAGCAGCUGCAGGAGGCCUCCAGUCAGUGUGUGCUGGCCUUCGAGGGCCUGAGCAACAGCAAAGACAGUCAGGCCAAAAAGAUCAAGAUGGACCUCCAGAAGGCUGCCACCAUUCCAGUGAGCCAGAUCUCUACCAUUGCAGGCUCGAAGCUGAAGGAGAUCUUUGACAAGAUCCACAGCUUACUUUCUGGAAAACCUGUUCAGUCUGGCGGGCGCUCCGUGUCUGUCACACUUAAUCCACAGGGCCUGGACUUUGUCCAGUACAAACUGGCAGAGAAAUUUGUGAAACAAGGGGAGGAGGAAGUGGCCUCCCAUCACGAAGCAGCAUUCCCCAUCGCGGUCGUGGCGUCCGGGAUCUGGGAGCUCCACCCCAGAGUAGGGGCCCUCAUCCUGGCUCACCUGCACAAGAAGUGUCCUUACUCUGUUCCUUUCUAUCCAGCAUUCAAAGAGGGAAUGGCUUUGGAAGACUAUCAGAGGAUGCUUGGCUACCAAGUGAAGGAUUCCAAAGUAGAGCAGCAGGACAACUUUCUCAAGCGCAUGUCUGGGAUGAUCCGCCUCUAUGCCGCCAUCAUCCAGCUCCGGUGGCCAUAUGGAAACCGACAAGAGACUCACCCUCAUGGCUUAAAUCAUGGUUGGCGCUGGUUGGCACAGAUCUUAAACAUGGAGCCCCUGUCAGAUGUGACGGCCACCCUCCUCUUUGACUUCUUAGAGGUGUGUGGGAAUGCCCUCAUGAAGCAGUACCAGGUCCAGUUCUGGAAGAUGAUACUUCUCAUCAAAGAGGACUACUUCCCCAGGAUUGAAGCCAUCACAAGCUCAGGGCAGAUGGGUUCCUUCAUACGCCUCAAGCAGUUCUUGGAGAAAUGUCUGCAGCACAGGGAGAUUCCUGUCCCCAAGGGCUUCCUGACUGCCUCCUUCUGGCGUUCCUGAUGUCACUCCAGCACCUACCAUUACCAUUUUGUUGCUGAGGGGCAAUAAUAAAGCAACUGAAGACAGCUGUACCUGCGAGAAGUCAUGUCAAUGUGUGUUUUGUGUAUUUGUACCUUGUGACGAAGAGAGGAGAUUUCCAUGGGCCACAAAUCUAAGAGGUCCCUUAAUAGAUCUGGUGACUCCUUAAAGAAGUCCGCAUGACCGAGUAAACAAAGUUGGCCUUUCUCAUUUUUAUGGAAAAUAAGAAAAAAAAAAUUAUGAGAAUAAAAGGUUAAUACUUGAUCUUA